AUGGAGAACAACCACCUCCCCCACCCAGACAUGUUCCACAACCCCGGGUUUACCAUCCUGGACGCCCAAAUACGUGAGCUUGAACGCUCUGUCUCUCCUUGUGAGAUUCCUGCUCUUCUUGAGCAAACCAACACUCCCGUCAACCCUUCAAUUAGUGACCAGCUCGACCUACGCCAGGCUUCCAGUAAUAACCCCACUGUGGUGAUCGAGUUGGACAUGGAUUGCAAUCUCCGAUAUGUUAGCAAGAACUGGGAGUCGCUCGUAGGUACAUCCAUCAAGAAAAUUUUGAAUAAGCCAAUCUCCAACAUUCUCAUAGGCUCAACGGAUGCCGACUUACAUGUUUUCAAUGACGCUGUGGCACAAAUGGUCCAAGACGAUGCAUCAUAUAAAAUCAAAUUCGUCACUGCCACCAAUGAUGUUAUUUGUGAUGAUUUGAGCGACUCCUCUGGCCGUCAUUCUCCCAAUCCUUCAUUGGCUGACACCGAGCUCGAUGUUGGAAUGCCUGUCCCGCUGCGCUACGAUACCUUGGAGUAUUCAGCUCUGGAGCCUCUUAAUGAAACGCUGUCCUCAAUCAGCUCUCAAGUCUCCAACAAUGGAGACGUCAUUGAGCUUGAAGCACAGGGAAUCAUGAUUCAUGAUCCCCAAACGAGACUACCUACUCAUUCAAUCUGGACAAUUCGUCCAUUUGUGAGAAUUGAUUUAGAAUUGACCAUUCCGCUCCCACUAGUUGAUCUACUAGGGUUUGGCUCUGAAAUAUUUGAAGGUUAUCUAUUAAAUUUGAGAGAGGCGGGCAUCAUUGAUGAAGGUUCGGUUCCUGAACCGAAGACUAUCUUGUGUAGAAUUUGCGAGACAAGUUUUCCCGCUUGGUUCAUAGAAAAGCACAGUGAAAUGUGUUUGCUUGAGCAUAAAGUGGAGGAAGAACUUCAACUAUGUCACGACAUGAUUGCUGACCAGCGCGAUCUUAUCGUCCGUAUAUCAGAGAAUCUUUGGAGUCAGCAAUUUGAAAGCACCAGUGGAUCUUCGUCACCAUUAUCCAGUACAAGCUCGCUUUCUUCUUCAUCAACGGCUUCAUAUCCAAGUCUUAAUGAAUACAAAGGAAUUGCAUUGCCGACGAUGAGCACGGAAGCAACGAAUGCUCCUAGAGGGAAUUCGAGUAUGGGAAAAAGUAUGUCUUCAUUACUGUCGAUACGUAACUCGAAGAAAUUUCCCUUUGGUAUACUCCAUCGUUUGUUGGAAUUUUUGGACGAGGCCCUAUUGAUAAACCCCGCAGAUAAGCAGGAUGAAAAUGAAGAAUUGCAGUUCUCACCUAAUUCUGAGCGAGCUAUCCAUUUGGUCAUGAAUUGGCGGCCACUCGAAACUUCUGAUCCAGCAAUCCGGGCAAUGGUCCAGGACAGCCAGAAAUUAGUUACAGAUAAGGUUGAUAUACUCACUCGACUACUCUCCAUUCUCAAAUAUUCUGACAAAAUUAAGAAAGAGGUGGAUGAUUAUGUUUUGCAAUCUGUUAAGGAAACAGUCGCCAGGCUCAGAGAGAAGACAAUUGAGAUGGAUAACAAUGCAGACCGCAAACUCAGAGGUGGGUUUUCCAAUUUGAGAUCAAGGUCUAAUUCUUCGGUGGAUAGGAGCUCGAACCAAAGUGCAAGAAGUUCCGAUCCACUUCUUCCACAGUCGAUGAUCUCGCCUCCUUCUAUGAUACCCAUAAGCCUGCCGCUUGCCCAGCAAGGCAAAUUGAUCUCUCCGCAACCCUCUCGAAUCCGAAGUCCAACUUCCAAAGUUCUUGAUGAUAGCCUUUAUAAAGAUUUGGAUAGGCGAUCUCCAAUCCAAUCGGUCACACCACGGGAUCUAUUGCGUACUGCAGAAUUUAAUCGACUGGGGUCGUCUUUAUCUCCGAACUCGUCUUAUCCUCGUUUAAAAGAUGUUGCAGACUCAAUGAAUGACUUGGAUCUCUCAAAGAAGUCGGAUUCUCGAGGAUCUUCAUUUUCCUCUCCAAGAAGGCAUCUUUCGCCUGCUCCUUACGUGGAAAAGCAAAGUUUUUCAACGUUACAAAGAAAUGUCAAGAAUCAGAAUCGUCUCGAACUGCCACCAUUAGGUUCUCCUGCCAAUGCUCCUGUCUAUGAAUCGAAUGACCUGUUGAGUCCCACGGUAUUGACUCCUACUUCCGUGAAGAGAGAGGGUUCUGCUACCAAUCUUUCAUUACCACCCAUGACGGCUCAGAAUGCAAAUGCAAUGAUGGCAUCAUGCCAGAGCCCUGUAAUUACACCAACUGUGCCAAACAGGAGCUCAUUCACUGCAAUGAAGCCUCCGUUGUCUCCAUUACUUGUGUCUCAAACACCAAAGGAGAAAUCUACCACCGGUGGUAUCAAAGAUUAUGAAAUAAUAAAGGCAAUCAGUAAGGGUGCAUUUGGCUCCGUGUUCUUAGCAAAAAGGAGAAUAACAGGAGAUUAUGUUGCAAUCAAGUGCUUACGAAAGAGAGAUAUGAUUGCCAAGAACCAGGUUCUUAAUGUCAGAUCCGAGAGAGCUGUAAUGAUGAGACAAACGGACUCUCCUUAUGUUGCCCAACUCUACAGCAGUUUUCAAUCCAAAGAUUAUCUUUACUUAGUGAUGGAGUACUUGAAUGGUGGCGAUUGUGCCACCCUUGUGAAAAUGCUAGGAACUUUGGGUGACAAAUGGGCAAAAAGAUACAUCGCAGAAGUUAUAGUGGGUGUCGAGGAUCUCCAUUCCCGUGGAAUUAUCCACAGGGAUUUGAAACCAGACAACUUGUUGAUUGAUAGUGCUGGGCACUUGAAAUUGACGGAUUUCGGUCUUUCAAAGGUUGGAGUUGUUGGACGACAGACAAGUCGACACCGGAAGAGCAGUACCUCAGAAAAUGCUAUUGAACUAUUCAGAAAAAGCGUUCAUAACGCACAGAGUCCUUUGGUCUUGGGAUCGAGUGGACCUUUGGAUUCACCGGAGCUUAUUUCUUAUCAUCACAAGCGAAUGCUGUCGGUGACUCCAUUUUCGCUAUCACCUGCUGCGGACCAGUUCCGUCAGACUUCGCAUGGUUAUCUGGGUUCUAUAUCGUCCUAUGAUUCAUCUCCUCUGUCUAGUAUUCCCAUUAAGAAGCGGUCAGGGUCGCUAUUACGGACUACCAAGAAUACUAGAUCUGAGUCCAACAGCAGCGAGUCCCCUAGUUUUCAUCCCUCUUUACCUAGAACUUCCUCGGAAUCAUCAUUCGCAAUCGUUGAUGAUGAUUGUUCCAUGAACUCGCCAAUGACAGAAGCAGAUAACUUUGUUUUAUAUGAUCCAAAUGAGGAUACUGAAACCAAUAAGUUUGUUGGCACACCCGAUUAUUUGGCUCCUGAGACCAUCUCAGGAGCUGUCCAAGGAGAAUAUUCUGACUGGUGGUCAAUUGGUUGCAUUUUGUUCGAAUUCUUGUUCGGAUAUCCUCCUUUCCACGCAGACACCCCGGAAAAGGUAUUCAAGAACAUUCUCAAGGGCGAGAUUGACUGGCCUCCACUCAGUGAGAAAGAAGAGCUCGAGAUAUGUCCUCCUGAAGCCAAGGAUUUGAUUGAAGGUCUUCUAACAGUAAAUUUUGAAGAUAGGUUAGGUUAUGGAGGGGCUAAGGAAAUCAUGAGCCAUCCAUAUUUUAAGGACAUCAACUGGAAUACCCUUUAUUAUGAGGCUCCUGAUUCGUUCAUUCCAAUGGUGGACGAUCCAGAGUCCACAGAUUAUUUUGAUUCAAGAGGUGCUGAUAUCUCACAAUUCCCGAAAGACGACUCUGACGAGGAAAUCAUUGUACCUCAAUCUGCCAAAGAGGAAUCCACGCAGAGCUACUUUGGAAACAAUGUCCCUACUCAGAAUUUGUCAUUGCCAUCAACUCCAACAGUGAUGAAACGUGAACGCAGAGGAAGCAAGUUGGCUGAUGCAAGCGAGUUUGGGUCGUUCCAUUUCCGAAACUUGAAUGUGUUGGAAAAGGCCAAUAAGGAUGUAAUUAAUAGGUUGAAGUCUGAACAUUUGGAGCACCGGGGCAGUUUUUCUUCUUCAUCAUCGGAAAGCAUCCCCAUUGGUUACACGAAGUCUCGAGGUCUGUCUAUUUCAUCUACUGUUGUGAAUCCUGGUAGUCCAUUCAAGCGUCCUGUCUCUCCAGUGGCCAACGCUUCGACUCCCUCAAGCAAGGAAAAGACACUUUCGAAAAGGGGAUCAUUUGAUUUGGGAACUGAAGGAAGGCCGCGAUUAAUUGCUCCUUCCUUGAGUAGACAAGUUCUUCACAAGAGUUUCAGUGAGCAGAUUCAAUCACCUCCAAGCUCAGACAAUGAAGAGUAUUCGACUGCAUUGAUGAGACACAAGAGAAGAGGAAGUUUGCUUCAUACUAACAGCUCGGGAAGUACAUCUAUACCCAUGUCUGUACUGAGUUCUACUAAAAGUGAGUCUUUUGACUUGGAUGUGUUGUACUGUGAACCCAUCCCCAUAGUACGUCACACGGUUGCCAAGCUCUUGGAGAAAAACCGAUGCAUUGUUGUGGCAGUCAGUGACGGAGAUAGUUUGAUUAGGCGCGCCACGAGUCAGGUACGCUUUGAUUUGAUAUUUACUGCGUUAAGAUUACCCAAGAUAGAAGCAAUUGAUGCGGUGAAAUUGAUUCAAAACACUAGCGGUGUUAAUAGCAGCACACCAGUGAUUGCAAUCACUGGAUUUGCAAAAGAGGCCCUCGAACUGGGGGUGUUCCACGAUGUUCUCGAAAAGCCUGUUGAUAGCACGAUGAUUGCGAAUGUUAUUGCCAAGUAUGUGGCCAAUGACGUGGCGGUGGAGUCUGACCCCGACGAGUAA